GUUACUGGGAUCCACGCUUUUGUGGAUAAGACUCGUGAUCGCCUUUGUCCUGCGAUCAACUUGUUUCUGAAGGAUCAUCGACGAUUGAGUGAUUACGCUUGGGGAGCUGGUGCACUAGCCUAUCUCUACAGACAUUUGGGAGUGGCCACACGAGCGGGUAGUAAGGGUAUUUGUGGUUGUUUGACCCUGCUUCAGGCUUGGAUAUAUGAGUACUUUCCUCUAUUCCGUCCGAGCCAGCUGCCGCAGUCUCCGGAUGCACCUCGUGCUUCCUCAUGGAUUUCUCCCCGUUUGCCAGGUGUGGAUGAUGCUAGACAGAGGUUAGCACAUUAUCGACAGUUGUUGGAUGAUCUUUCAGCUGAUGAUGUGACCUGGACUCCGUACGGACGAGAUGGCCACACAUAUAUACCUCGCUCCUUGUUUACUGGCCCCAUUCGCUUUUCUGACAUUGCUGAGAGAUACGAUUCUGCACGUUGUCUGCGCCAGUUUGGAUACCGACAGAUUAUCCCCCGUGCUAUGAUGGUACCACAUGACCAGUACCGUCCGGCUUCCGGCAUCAGUUACAUAGUCUUUUGGGAUCAGUGGGUGAAUCAGUUGUGGGAUAACGUGGCAGCCCAUCGUCUAGAUUUGAAUUUUGCUUCUCGGUCGUGCGAGCACCCAUCGGAGAUCGUGGAGGAGUACGUUGACUGGUUUCUGACUAGAUCGCACCCACGGAUCACCCACCCCACUGAUGGGGUGCCUCAGCCUCGACCACUACUAGUUCAUCAUGUUAGUUAUGACUUUCUUUUGCUUUUCCAAAUAUAA